UUUACGACAGACUGAAGAAAGAGCAGCCUAACUUUAGUACCAAAAUAAUAAUGAUAGAAGCCGAUUUAAGCAAGUUGGAUCUCGGAUUGUCGCAGGAAAGUCGAGAACGUCUUUUAGACACAAACGUAAUUUUCCAUUUGGCAGCGACUGUACGAUUUAACGAAGCGAUUCGAAUAGCGGUGAACAUAAACGUAAGAGGAACGAAGCAGCUUCUUCUUAUCGCGAAAGAAAUGCCGAAUUUAAAGGUAUUUGUUUAUGUAUCCACUGCAUUUGCUUAUUGUGUGCACAAUUUCAUUGAAGAAAGAUAUUAUCCACCACCUAUAAAAACCGAUAAGAUUUUGACCUUACUCGAUAUUCUAGACGAUGAAAAAUUAGACAAAUUUACACCAACAUUAAUAGGUAAAUGGCCGAAUUCAUAUGCAUAUACAAAGGCGAUCGCUGAAGAUACUGUUCGACAAUACAGUGUCGGAAUUCCAACCUGUAUCGUACGACCAUCGAUUGUAACAUCAACGGCCGAGUCGCCUGUAGAAGGCUGGAUCAACAAUGUCUAUGGUGCUAUGGGUGUAGUCGUGGGGUGUGCCCUAGGUUUGUUACGUACACUGCAUAUCGACCUUGAAAAUGCGGCAGAUAUAGUGCCCGCAGAUUAUGUCAUUUCACAUUUUAUCGCCGCGAGUUGGGACACUGCCAAAAGAAAAAAUACUCUAUUGAGCAUCGAGAACGCGAAUCCGGAUGUUCCAGAAACCGAGAGAGCGCUAAUUUACAAUUACGUGUCGAUAUGUCAAAAUCCCAUUACUUGGAGAAGAUUCACUAAAUUAAAUGAACUGUAUGGCACGCAGGUACCGAGCAUACAUUUUCUCUGGUACUAUUUUUUUUUCCCCAGCAAACAUAAAUUCGUGCACGAUGUCUGUACGAUAUUUUUGCACCUGAUACCUGCUAUUAUAACCGACACUGUGCUUUUUCUCAGCGGCCGAAAACCCAUGUAA